AUGUUACGUAUACUGUUCGGAGUGUUUCUGUUGUUUACGGUGUACACAGGAUCCCAUGGGGACGGAGUGUCGAGAGAGGACACAGGAUCCCAUGGGGACGGAGUGUCCGGAGGGGACACAGGAUCCCGUGGGGGCGGAGGGGACACACAGGAUUGCCCCUUCCCUUGUAUUCAUGAUGGAGUGAAGUACUGCCACCAUUUACCUUGUCCCCAUCCACCCUGUUCCAACCCAGUUACUACGCACGGAGAUUGUUGUCCACACUGUCCCACAGAUAACACGACCGACCACUGUCCGAGCCCAUGCACACAAGGAGGACACAAGUACUGCCACCCUAUCCCGUGCCCGUUCCCUCCCUGUGAUCAUCCUGUCACCACCCCUGGGGAAUGCUGCCCUCACUGUGACAGUGCUGUAGUAGGCAAACGCGAGGAGGACCAUGACUGUCCCCAUCCCUGUACACAAGGCGGGCACAAGUUCUGUGAACCUAUACCAUGUCCCCUCCCACCAUGUGAUAAUCCCGUCACCACCCCCGGGGAGUGUUGUCCACAUUGUCCUAAUCGUACAGAGUGUCCUCACUCGUGUAAGGUCGACGAUAAGGUCUACUGCUACUCACCCGGAUGUCCCCCACCGGAACCAUGUCCGAAGUGGGUGCGCACACCUGGCGAUUGCUGUUAUCAUUGCGAAGGGGAGGGUAGAAAUGACGUGGUGAAGACGAGCUGUCCUCACCCAUGCGAGGUAAAUGGUCAUCACUUCUGCUUCCCUCCUCCCUGUCCACUACCGCCUUGUUCUAAUCCAGUCACCCUCCCGGGCCAGUGCUGCCAAACCUGCCCCGAAGGCGACGUAACGAAACAUCACCGACCUAUUGCAAGGUCAAGUGACUGGCCUGACCCCUGGAGGUGUUACCCACCCCCUCCUUGUCCUCCACCCCCUCCCCCACCCUACUGUAACACCACAAUCAUAGCGCCAUACGAUCUGUGCUGCGAAGUCUGUGACACAGCCUGUCCCCACCGGUGUCAAUGGCUGGGAUCCACCUGGUGUAACCCUCCGGAAUGUACCCCUCUCCUUUGUCCUAACCCUAAGUUGACGGACGGUGACUGUUGUCCCCACUGUGAAGCUGAUCUCGACCGUCAAUAACAAUAUCGUUAGUGAUUAUGUUUGUUGCCUGUAUUUCAUCUUAUUAAAAGUUAGUAAAAAUGUUAUAUACGAUAAUA